AUGGCUAUCGAUAAGAUCAACGUCCACAAUGACCCGAGGGUCCAGCGUCUCACGGCGCAAGUCAAUGGCAAGACAUACGGAUAUCUCCUCGCUCAGCCUGAAAAUGGCCAGUAUAAGGACACCAUCUUUCUGCUCCAUGGCUUCCCUGACCUAUCGAUGGGAUGGCGAUAUCAAAUCCCACUCCUGAUCUCCUUUGGUCUGCGAGUCGUCGUUCCUGACUGUUUGGGAUACGGACGGACUGAUGCCCCGCAAUGGACACCAGAGAAUGAACGACUCUAUGGAUUUAGAAAGCUCGCAGACGAUAUCAAGGAGCUAGCGAAGCAGUUGGGAUCAGAGAAGAUAAUCCUUGGUGGACAUGAUUGGGGCGCCGCACUCGUCUACCGCAUCGCCCUAUACCACCGCGACCUAGUCACGCACCUCUUCGCCGUCUGCGUGCCCUACAUCCCUCCAAUGCCACAAUACAUCUCCCACGAAGACCUCGUGCGGACCCGUCUCCCGAAUUUCGCCUACCAGCUCCAAUUCAAGAGCGGAGAGGUCGAAAAAGCAGUCAAGACCAAGGAAGAAAUCAAGCAGUUCCUCCUCGCGCUGUAUGGGGGUAGGACAGAGGAUGGACAGUGGGGAUUUAGUACGGAGAAGGGAAUCUUGUUUGAUAGGUUGGGGAGGUUGGGUUCGUCGAAGUUGCUUGAGGAUGAGGAAUUGAAUUAUUACGUGGAUGAGUUUUCAAGGAAUGGAAUCCAUGGACCUUUAAACUGGUACCGCACCCGCGACGUGAACUACAAAGAUGAACUCUCCAUCUCCAACCCGCAGAUCGACAUCCCAGUCCUCAUGAUCCAGGCCCUUAGAGAUACUGCCUUGCCGCCCCAUAUGGGUCAGGGAAUGGGCAAGUUCGUUCCCAACUUGAUUGUUGAGCAGGUUGAUACUUCACAUUGGGCGUUGUGGGAGAAGCCGGGUGAGGUUAAUGCGAUUUUGGAAAUGUGGUUUAAGGAUGUGGUUUUCUCUGUGCCUGCGUUGGGGGGUGGGAAGUUGUAG